AUGGUGCAGUCUGUUAUUCACCCUGGACUGAUCGACCCCAAAAAAAUCAUUGGAAAUGACGCUGUAAUAUUCGGGGAAUUGCUUGGGUGGGGUGCCAGGGUUGCUAUUGACAUUUACAACGACCGUCGAAAAAAUUUCCUCAAGGAUGACGUGACAGACCGGGCGCAACAAUUGGAUGAUAUUUCCAACAGAGUUCUCCAGUCGUUGAACCUCCCUGCCGCGUUAGAGGCACUCGAGCGACCCAUCGGGCUCCCUCCCAGCCUGCUGAAAAAGGCCGAAGAAGUCCGAUUGCAGAGUGGUCCGUCUAGGAUAGAAGAAAACAUCAAGAAUGUCCAAAAGCUCGCGCACAGUGAUAUAGACAUACUCAAUGAGGCGAUGGACAUCUUGGAUCAGGAAGCAGAAGAAGACGAGUCAUUUCAAGCGGAGCACAGCGUGGAACGCCUGUCCUCUCACGAAGCAAACAAGGAACUUAUCGCGAAGGCCGAAAGAUAUCGGGCCAUUCUAGAUCAGGCAGCACAAAGCGACGAACUCGUCAGAACAAAAUGGGACGAAUGGGAGCGAAACAUCGUGGAAUUGACCUGGGACGAGACACAGUUAGAGGCGUCAAUUCCUUCAUCCGUCAUUUCAUUUGGACAGGGCCCAUCGUCCGUCGGCGCUACACCAACACAGACCCACGCACACGCCCUUCGUGUCCUCCUCGAAUCUCUAGACGAUCUAAUGCGCGCUCGAGACGAUCUUGUCAGGCGCGCGACACGUCUGGCAGAGUUGGAGAAUAUCACACCCCGAGUUCUCAAAGCAGCCGCGGGAAUUGAGCGGUGGAUUGAAGUGCAGCCGUCGACAUUUGAAGAUGCUCUCGAAGAGGAACUGGCCAAGUAUGACAAGUUCCGUAUCGGCAUUGAAGACGGCGAGCAGAGGCAGGAAACGUUGCUCCAGUCUAUUCAGAACUUGGCAAAGGAACGCAACCAACAGUUCCUGCAGUCGCGUAGGGACGAUGAAAGCGUCAAGGAGCGCGAACACGCUCUGCAAUCUCUCGAUUUAGCGUACCAUAUGUACAAAGAAAUUAUGCGCAAUCUAGACGAAGGAUUGAAAUUCUAUAAUGACUUUGCCAGUGUUCUGACACAAUUCAGGGAUACAUGUAACGAAUGGGUGCUCAUGCGCCGAAAUGAGAUCCACUCUCUGACGCAGUCAUUCGAGUCGCUCUUACUUGACUCUGCUCCUCCAUCGCCAUCCAUCGAACCGGCUCCGCCUGAGCCACCAUCGCGCCCUGAACAGCAAGCGCAGUCAUCCGCCAGACGAGAUCCACGAGCAGUGUUUGAUCUGCCACCGCCUGAUUCGGAUGAAUGGGAGACAACGGUGCUACCCCCAGCGCCUGCAGCCCCACCUGCACAGACACCUGCACGUCGGACGAGAAAGACUCGGGCAGUGGGAUAG